AUGUGGCUGAACUUUCUUGCCAUAGCUACGGCCACACUUUCCUGUACUCUACUGUUGGCCCAACUUCUUUACCUGCCCUACCUGGUUUCUCAAGCAGAAAAUGCUCAUGAAAUCGUCGCCCGGAAGGUCGAUGUCUUCAAGGUUUGUAUGAAAACGAAGGAGAAAAAACUUUUACUCUUGUCUAGGUUAUUGAAAACAAAGUUUCCGAGAAGAUAUCCCUAUUGGUGACUUCUUCCAUCACGAAAAGAUCUAUCGGUACUUACUGUUCGCCAGGAAAACCGGGACCUCCAGGUUCGAAAUAAAUGCGGUUUAUUUUUCAGGAAACAAAGAGAACAUAGUUGAUAAUUUUUUAAAGUUUUGAGAAUCAUGAAUUGAAAAAAAUUAAAGUUUUUUGAAGGAUCGUAAUUUGUAAUAAAAAUUGACUCGCUCCAGAUGAUUUUUCGAAUUGGAAAAUUUCAAUCAAAACUGUCACUCGUCUUCAAGAGCUCAAAACUUUCGAGUAUUUGUCAAAAAAAUUGAAAUAAGUUGAAGAUUUUUUUAGUAAAAUUGCCGAAAAAUAAAAAAACUCUCCACACAGUUUUUUUAUUUGUUAAUUGGGCAGAAAAAUUCCGAUUUAAAAAGUGUCAAAAAUACAUUUUUAAUAAAAAGGAACGGUCUUUAAAAGCUAAGACCGCUUAUCUUCAAAUUUUUUUCUCCUGCAGGAAUUCGAAAAAAAAUUUCUAUAUUUUUAUGGAGUUGAGUAAAUUUUGUUCAAACGAUCCAUUGUUUUAGCAUAUUAAUAAAAACAUGUGUAAAAAAACAUUGGCAGGUCUUGAUGGAACCGACGGCGCUCCCGGCGAAAAUGGCCGCGACGGACGCCGCGGACUCGACGCUCGGGACAUCUUGGAAGAGAUGCAGGAAAAACAGGAGUGCAUCGUCUGUCCGCAGGGCGAGGUCUGAACGAUGACGUCAUUCUAUUGAUAAAGCUUCCCAGGUCGGACCGAUGGGACCACCCGGAGACCGCGGCGAGCCUGGAGAUCCAGGUAACAAAGGAACUCCUGGAAUCCCGGCUCAGGAUGGAAUCGAUGGUAGUUUUCAUUUUAUACUUUUAAAAGCCUAAUCGAUCUUGUAAUCAAUGGUAUCCUAAAGAACUUUGAGUUGAAAUUCUAUAAGACUGGAAGUAAGUUUCUUCUUUCACAAAAUUAUGAAUAAAAAAAAGGUCCAAAGAACUUGUUUCCGCUUUCAAGAGGGUCUUCUAUACAGGCAACGAUUUUCAAUGGAAAUUUUCAGGUGACCAAGGAAUCGAAGGCGUUGUCGGUCCUCCUGGACCGCCCGGUCAUCCUGGACGGAAAGGGGGCAACGGAAAGUCUGCUCAAGGCGGAACCGGCUCUCCUGGACCCAAAGGAGCUCCCGGACCUGAAGGCCGAGCUGGAAGUCAGGGACCACGUGGAAAAGUUGAUUUUUUCAUACUCAAAAGAAAAAUCGAUUUGUUUUCCAGAGAAACUACAUCUACGGCGCAGCAGGACCGAUGGGACAGCUGGGACCAAGUGGACUGGACGGUCUCCCCGGAAAUCCGGGCGAACGCGGACCUAAAGGUUCAUCGGCAGCAUUUCCAUUCGAGAACUAAGGCUCAAACUGUUCAGGACCUCCUGGAGAAUUGGGCGCCGACAUUCAGUUCUGCCCUUGUCCAAUGGAGCUGAAACUACUGAAAGGAAAACAUUCAUCGGUUGGUUUUGAUCAUCAAAAAAAAGUUGCUAACAAUAUUUUUCAGCACAAACCAGGAACUUCGAACUUGAAGAACAAAAAUGAUUCAAGGUGGAUUUCGAGUUAUGUAGAAGUCAUUCAAAACAUUUUUUCAGUGAAAAAGCUUCUUUGGAGCUUAAAGAACUUCCUUCUGCUCCUACGACCGAAGCUCAACCUCCGGCGCCGUUAGAGGAGUCAGGAAAAAUUGAAAAAUCAGCAGAGUUCGACAAAGUUUCACCGCCUGAAGAACCAUCUGAGCCAUCAACAACUGAAGUAGUUCUUAGAGAAGAACCUCAAGAAAAUGAAUCUCAACCAACUGAAAAACAAACUCAAGAAGAAGUUACGACUACUCAGGCUCCAAAAGCAACUACGCCAGAAGAGUAAGCAAAUUUCGAAAUGAUUUGUUUUAACUCAAAACUGCAGGCGAUUCCCAGACUACGUCGCACCGGAGAUGACACUCAAAUCUUCCGAAGUUUCUCUAGGAUCGGCUCCUGGAACGGAGAAGUCUUCAGAAGGACCUCAAGCUCUACCCAAUCAAGAGUCUUCCGAUCAAGUGGUAUAGUCGAUUCACUUUGACUUUUGAAAAACUUGGUCGCGCGGAGAAUGGCUCGAUUUUCAACCGUCGCGAAGUGAUUGCUUAAAGCGUGCAACAGUGUCAAGAUUGCAAGUUCAGCGAGCAAAUCUCCAAAUUUUUACUUUAUUCAAAACGCGUAGAGCCAUUCCACAUGCGACCAGAUGGAGAGUAGAACAAUGAUAGAAGAAAAUGAAAAAAUUCUCAAACUUGAGAUUGACUUGCCAUCCGACUUUGGGUCGGAUUCGCCUUCAUCCCAAGUUUCAAUAAACGACUAUGAAGAAGAGACAGAAGAGGAAGAACAAACAACGACACGGUAAAAAUAUUCUCUAAAACUGAAAAAUCCGCAAUAAUUUUCAGACGUCGCUUCAUCUAUGUUACCAAGCGACCAAUCGUUUACCCAGAAUAA